ACGAAGAAGACAGCAGCGGCACCAACACAAAAACUUAAUGCUAGCUUACCUAGCUCAUAGAAAGCUGGUUAAAGUAAGAAAUACACAAAAUAUGAAACCUCAAAUGUAAAACGAAUACAGACCAUCAAAGCGACAGACUCCGAUAACGUCUUUGACAUAGAUGCUGAGGGAGUCCUUCCAGGAUGUAUGCUGUAUACAGACAAGCUCACACACCCACUGCGGUGGAGUUUUCUGUCUACUGCAACUUUAUUUCCAGCAAGGAGAAGAACUUGGUUGUUGCUGGAACAUCUCAGCUGUUUGUCUACAGGAUUAUCCAUGAUGUGGAGAGUUCAUCAAAGGCUGAUAAGUCUUCAGAUUCCAAAUCCCGUAAGGAGAAACUGGAGCAAGUGGCAUCUUUUUCUCUUUUUGGCAAUGUCAUGUCUAUGGCCAGUGUGCAGCUUGUAGGAGCCAGUAGAGAUGCACUUCUUCUCAGUUUCAAAGAUGCCAAGCUAUCUGUAGUGGAGUAUGAUCCAGGGACACAUGACCUUAAGACCCUGUCUCUCCAUUUCUUCGAGGAACCAGAGCUCAGGGAUGGUUUUGUACAGAAUGUUCAUAUUCCCAUCGUCCGUGUUGAUCCAGAGAAUCGCUGUGCUGUAAUGCUCGUAUAUGGCACCAAGCUUGUGGUGCUGCCAUUCAGGAAAGACACUCUGGCUGAUGAACAGGAGGGUGGAGUUGGAGAAGGGCCUAAAUCCAGCUUCCUGCCCAGCUACAUCAUUGAUGUCCGCGAGCUGGACGAGAAGCUGCUGAACAUAAUUGACAUGAAGUUCCUCCAUGGCUACUACGAACCAACAUUACUUAUUCUGUUUGAACCCAACCAGACAUGGCCUGGGCGUGUGGCUGUGCGCCAGGACACUUGCAGUAUAGUUGCCAUCUCCCUCAACAUAAUGCAGAAGGUUCAUCCUGUCAUCUGGUCUCUGAGUAAUCUGCCCUUUGACUGUACACAGGUCAUGGCUGUUCCUAAACCCAUUGGUGGUGUUGUGGUAUUUGCUGUGAAUUCAUUGCUGUAUCUCAACCAGAGUGUUCCACCGUAUGGAGUUUCUCUGAAUUCUCAGACAGUUGGGACCACGGCAUUCCCUUUGCGUGUGCAGGAUGAAGUGAAGAUCACACUGGACUGUUCACAGUCUGACUUCAUUGCCUACGACAAAAUGGUCAUCUCUUUGAAGGGAGGAGAAAUUUACGUGUUGACCCUCAUAACUGACGGCAUGAGGAGCGUCCGGGCUUUCCACUUUGACAAAGCUGCCGCCAGUGUCCUCACAACUUGUAUGGUGACAAUGGAACCUGGCUACCUUUUCCUGGGUUCCCGCCUUGGUAAUUCACUGCUUUUGAAAUACACUGAGAAACUUCAGGAGACGCCAGCAGAAGAAGGCAGUGAAAAGCUGGACAAAGAUAAAGAAAAAGAGAAAGAGAAACAGGAAGAACCUCCAAGCAAAAAGAAGCGUGUGGAAUCCUCCACCAACUGGACAGAUGAAGUGGAUGAGAUAGAAGUGUAUGGAAGUGAGGCCCAGUCAGGCACUCAGCUGGCCACCUACUCCUUUGAGGUGUGUGAUAGCAUUCUCAACAUUGGACCUUGUGCAAAUGCAUCCAUGGGUGAGCCUGCCUUCCUUUCUGAAGAGUUUCAGAGCAACCCGGAGCCUGACCUGGAAGUUGUGGUGUGCUCUGGCUACGGCAAGAAUGGUGCACUGUCCGUACUCCAAAGAAGCAUCCGGCCCCAAGUAGUAACUACAUUUGAGUUGCCGGGUUGCCACGACAUGUGGACAGUCAUCUCAAGUGAAGUAAAGGAAGACAAAAAACCUGUAAAAAGCUCUGAUUCAGAAGAAGGGACAGAAACAGAGACUGGUGAGGAUGGUGAAGAGGAAGAAAAGGACAAAGAGGAGAAGGAGGAGGAGACAGAGAAAGAGAAAGAAAAAGAAAAAGAGGAGAAAGAGGCAGAGAAGACAGAGGCUCCCUUGGAGGAUGAUACAAAGAAGCAUGGCUUUCUCAUCCUGAGCAGGGAGGAUUCAACAAUGAUCCUUCAAACGGGUCAGGAGAUCAUGGAGUUGGACACCAGUGGUUUUGCUACGCAGGGUCCCACUGUGUUUGCUGGAAACAUUGGUAACAACAAGUACAUCAUCCAGGUCUCACCUAUGGGUAUUCGACUGCUGGAAGGAGUGACACAGCUCCACUUCAUCCCUGUGGAUCUGGGCUCUCCCAUAGUGCACUGCUCUGUGGCGGACCCUUAUGUGGUCAUCAUGACAGCAGAGGGAGUGGUCACCAUGUUUGUGCUAAAGACAGACACAUAUAUGGGGAAGACACAUCGCUUGGCUCUGCAGAAGCCACAGAUCUCUACACAAUCUCGUGUGAUAGCAUUGUGUGCAUACCGUGAUGUAAGCGGGAUGUUCACCACAGAAAACAGAGUGAGCUGCUCAGUCAAAGAGGACACAAUCAUCAGGAGUCAGUCUGAAGCAGAGACCAUCAUUCAGGACCUCAGCAACGCAGUGGAUGACGAGGAGGAAAUGCUGUAUGGAGACUCAAAUGCUAGCACAGCAUCAGCAAAGGAGGAAUUGAUCCGCAGCUCUGGAUUACCGGCCCCCUCUGGAAGUGAGGGCAGCUUGAGCAAAGCAGAGCCCAGCCAUUGGUGCAUGAUCACCAGAGAGAAUGGUGUAAUGGAGAUUUACCAGCUGCCAGACUGGCGCUUAGUGUUCCUGGUGAAGAACUUCCCGGUUGGUCAGAGAGUGCUGGUGGACAGUUCAUCCGGCCAAUCAGCAGCGCAGGGAGAGGGUAAAAAGGAGGAAGUGGCCCGUCAAGGAGAGAUGCCACUGGUUAGAGAGGUGGCUUUGGUUUCACUAGGAAACAACCAGAGCAGACCGUAUUUACUGGUCCAUGUGGAACAUGAACUGCUUAUAUAUGAAGCUUUCCCCUACGAUCAGCAGCAGCCACAGAACAACCUGAAAGUGCGCUUCAAAAAAGUGCCCCACAACAUUAACUUCAGAGAAAAGAAAUCAAAGCUGAAGAGGGAUAAGAAGGCAGAGAGCAGUGCAUCAGAGGACAGUUCAACUGUGAAAAGUAGGAUUGCCAGAUUCAGAUACUUCGAGGACAUCUCUGGGUACUCAGGGGUGUUCAUCUGUGGGCCGUCUCCACACUGGAUGCUGGUCACCUCUCGAGGAGCUUUGAGGCUUCAUCCUAUGAGCAUUGAUGGCUCCAUUGAGUCUUUCUCACCUUUUCAUAACAUCAACUGCCCCAAAGGUUUCCUCUACUUCAACAAACAGGGUGAGCUGAGGAUCAGCGUUCUGCCCACCUAUCUGUCCUAUGAUGCUCCUUGGCCAGUCCGAAAAAUCCCGCUUAGAUGCACCGUCCACUACGUUUCUUACCACGUCGAAUCCAAGGUGUAUGCUGUGUGCACAAGUGUGAAAGAACCCUGCACGCGCAUCCCCAGGAUGACUGGAGAGGAGAAGGAGUACGAAACCAUUGACCGAGAUGAACGUUACAUUAACCCUCAGCAAGAGAAGUUCUCCAUCCAACUCAUCUCUCCUGUCAGCUGGGAGGCCAUCCCCAACACAAGGAUCGACCUGGAGGAGUGGGAACAUGUAACCUGUAUGAAGACGGUUGCACUAAGGAGUCAGGAGACCGUGUCUGGACUGAAGGGCUACGUGGCAGCAGGGACCUGCCUGAUGCAGGGAGAGGAGGUCACCUGCAGGGGCAGAAUAUUGAUCCUGGAUGUGAUUGAAGUGGUGCCAGAGCCAGGUCAGCCCCUCACCAAGAACAAGUUCAAAGUGCUGUAUGAGAAAGAACAGAAGGGGCCCGUGACAGCCAUGUGUCACUGCAACGGAUACCUGGUGUCGGCCAUUGGACAGAAGAUCUUCUUGUGGGUCUUGAAGGACAACGACCUGACGGGCAUGGCCUUCAUCGACACUCAGCUCUACAUCCACCAGAUGAUCAGCAUCAAGAAUUUCAUCCUUGCUGCCGAUCUUAUGAAGAGCAUCUCACUGCUCCGCUACCAGGAGGAGAGCAAGACGCUGUCGCUGGUCAGCAGGGAUGCAAAGCCCCUGGAGGUUUACAGCGUUGAAUUCAUGGUAGACAACAACCAGCUUGGGUUCCUGGUGUCUGAUCGGGACAAGAACCUCUAUGUUUAUAUGUAUCUGCCUGAAGCUAAAGAGAGCUUUGGAGGAAUGCGCCUGCUGAGGCGAGCAGACUUUAAUGCUGGAGCGAACAUUAACACUUUCUGGAGGAUGCCGUGCAGAGGAGCGCUCGAUGCUGGCAGCAAAAAGUCUCUGACCUGGGACAACAAGCACAUCACAUGGUUUGCAACUCUAGAUGGAGGAGUUGGCUUGCUCCUUCCCAUGCAGGAGAAAACCUACCGACGUUUGCUCAUGUUGCAAAAUGCUCUGAACACAAUGCUGCCUCAUCAUGCCGGUCUGAACCCAAAGGCCUUCAGGAUGCUGCACAGUGACAGGCGAGGCUUACAGAACGCUGUGAGAAACAUCUUGGAUGGAGAACUCUUAAACAAGUACUUGUACCUCAGCACAAUGGAGCGCAGUGAGCUGGCAAAGAAGAUUGGUACCACUCAGGACAUAAUCCUGGAUGACCUUUUGGAGAUCGACAGAGUCACAGCUCAUUUCUGAGAUCUACAUUCCCGUGGCCCUGUGCACUGAAAGCUGUUUUAUACUGAAAGAAAAAAAAAUUUUGUUGUGGCUUUCUUAGUUGUUAAAAAGAGAGCAGUCAUGUUUUCUUAGGAUAUUUUGUAUAAAAACAAAAAAAUCUGUAAAAGUAAUUUACCCAA